AUGGAUUCCAUACAGGACUUUGUUGAAUCAGCAGGUGAAGUGAUCGAAAUGGCGAAUUGGCCAGCGAUUGGAUCGAUCAUCUUGCCCAACCUUGGGGGAUGGGUCAACGGGCUCUACUUCGCCGGGCAGAUCCGGAAGGACGAGAAACCUUGGUACGACAGCCUGAAGAAACCUAGCUGGAACCCACCCAAAUGGGUGUUUGGUCCGGCAUGGACCGUCCUAUACAGCAGCAUGGGUUACGCCUCGUACCUGGUGUGGGAAGAAUGUGGCGGAUUUAAUGAAAACUCCUUGGUCCCACUUUCUUUGUACGGGGGACAGCUCGUCCUCAACUGGGCCUGGACGCCGAUAUUCUUCGGUCUGAAGGACUUCAAACUGGCCUUCAUCGAGAUCUCGGUGCUGAGCGGCGCCGCCGUGGCCACCACCAUCUCUUUCGCCCAACACGACAGGACCGCUAUGGCGCUAAUGUUGCCAUACCUGGGCUGGCUGGCGUAUGCCUCCUCGCUAGCGUACUACAUUUGGCGCAACAACCCCAAGCCGGAGACGCGGGCCGACGACAAGGCGGAU